AUGGUCCAGUACCAUGUGCCUCAGUGUGGAGCAGGAGGUCAGGGCGGCGUGCUCCUGGUGGGAGGUCCUACAGGGCGGCGUGCUCCUGGUGGGAGGUCCUACAGGGCGGCUUGCUCCUGGUGGGAGGUCCUACAGGGCGGCGUGCUCCCGGUGGGAGGUCCUACAGGGCGGCGUGCUCCCGGUGGGAGGUCCUACAGGGUGGCGUGCUCCUGGUGGGAGGUCCUACAGGGCGGCGUGCUCCCGGUGGGAGGUCCUACAGGGCGGCGUGCUCCCGGUGGGAGGUCCUACAGGGUGGCGUGCUCCUGGUGGGAGGUCCUACAGGGCGGCGUGCUCCCGGUGGGAGGUCCUACAGGGCGGCGUGCUCCCGGUGGGAGGUCCUACAGGGUGGCGUGCUCCUGGUGGGAGGUCCUACAGGGCGGCGUGCUCCUGGUGGGAGGUCCUACAGGGCGGCGUGCUCCCGGUGGGAGGUCCUACAGGGGCCGCCCGGUGAAGGCUGAGGCUACUGCUGCUGUCAGCGCCUCCCUCCCCUCCUGA